GGCCGCAGCGAGAGAUAGACCAACUGAGGCCCAGCAGCCCCGGCAGCCGCUCACGGACACAGACAGGACAGACCCGCCAUGAGGCCCGUGACGGUCCUCACCCUGCUGGCCCUGGCUGCGCUCUGCCUGGCGGGACCGGCCGAUGCGAAACCCAGCGGUGCAGAGUCCCGCAGAGGAGCAGCCUUCGUGGCCAAGCGGGAGGGCAGCGAGGUGGUGAGGAGGCUCCGGCGCUACCUGGACCCCGGGCUGGGAGCCCCAGCCCCCUACCCGGACCCCCUGGAGCCCAGGAGGGAAGUCUGCGAGCUCAACCCCGACUGUGACGAGCUGGCUGACCACAUCGGCUUCCACGAUGCUUACCGGCGCUUCUACGGCACGGCCUAGAGCGGGCGCCCUGAUGGCCCUGGCCCGGCUGGCAGCCCUCCCC